GUCGAUAAACACUUCACUUUUCUAUCUCAAUUUAGAAGUCCUUUACCCACCUUGGCAACUCGCAACUCUCUCUCUCUAUCUCUUUUAUCUCUGACUGAAAUGAAUAGCAAUACUGACAAGAAGAAGAAGAAGAACAAGAACAUGAAUCCCACUUUGUAGCAGUCCAUAAUUCCACAAAGAUUAGUGGCCAAGAACUUUGGACUGCUAUAGGUUUCUGGGUAACUGACAAAGUUACAAUCUUUUCUGUUUUCUUCUCAUCGUUUUCUCCAAAAACUACAAUGAGAUCUCACUUUUUCUUCCUCUUCUUCUUCUACUUCUACUUCGCCGCCUCUGACCUCGCCUCCGACCGCGCCGCCCUCUUGGCGCUCCGCUCGGCCGUGGGCGGCCGCUCGCUCCUUUGGAACAUUACGGAACCGAACAUAUGUUUGUGGCCGGGAGUGCAGUGCUCCUCCGACAAGAAAUAUGUCGCCGAGCUUCACCUGCCGGGGACGGGUCUCUCCGGCGUGAUUCCGGCCGGGACCAUUUCUAACCUCACGCGCCUCCAGACUUUGAGUUUGCGUUACAAUGCUCUGUCGGGUGUGUUUCCUUCCGACAUCUUUUCCUCUCUCCGGGAUCUCCGGAACGUGUAUCUCCAGCACAACUUCUUCUCCGGCGAGAUUCCCGACGGUGUGUUCUCAUUGCCCAACCUCGUUCGCCUCAAUCUUGCUCACAAUAACUUCUCCGGGUCGAUUUCCCCUUCGGUGAAUAAUCUGACGCGGUUGGCGACGUUGUAUUUGGAGGAGAAUCAGUUUUCCGGGGAAAUUCCGGACGUGAAUGUGCCCGGAUUGGUCCAGUUCAAUGUUUCCGGCAAUCUUCUGACGGGCCAGAUUCCGGAAAAGCUCUCGACUCAGCCCAAGAGUGCGUUUCAGGGGAAUUCUCUGUGCGGGGCACCUCUUGAUCUUUGCGAUGGGCAGCAAACAAAGAGUAAAAAGAAACUUUCCGGCGGGGCUAUCGCAGGAAUUGUAGUCGGCAGCGUCAUUGGGUUGCUUUUGGUUCUUCUUUUAUUGUUCUGUUUAUGCCGCAAAAGGGGCGAAAAAGAAGUCAGAUCGAAUGAGGCAGCCGGAAUUAAGCAGACCGAGAUCGAGAUUCCGCCGGAAAAAGAGGUAAUGGCCGGCGCCGCCUCCGCCGCCGCAUUUGGCGCGAAAGAGAAGGAGGUGGUCAACGCGGAGGUCAACGGCGGAGGGAAGAGCUUGGUGUUCUUUGCCAAAGCCCCAGGGAGGAACUAUGACUUAGAUGACCUUUUGAAAGCCUCUGCUGAGGUUUUGGGAAAGGGCACUUUCGGAACUGCCUAUAAGGCCGUUCUUGACGCCGGAAUCACACUGGUGGUGAAGCGUCUCCGGGAUGUCACCGUGCCGGAAAAGGAGUUCCGACAGAAGAUUGAAGAGGUGGGGAGGAUGAACCAUGACAAUUUGGUUCCUCUCAGGGCUUACUAUUAUAGCCGUGACGAAAAGCUACUUGUAUAUGAUUACAUCACAAUGGGAAGCUUAUCCGCACUUUUACAUGGUAAUAAAGGAGCGAGCAGGACGCCAUUGAACUGGGAAACAAGAACCUCAAUUGCUGUAGGGGCAGCCCGGGGGAUCUCCCAUCUCCACUCACAAGGCCAAUCCAUUUCCCAUGGCAACAUUAAGUCAUCCAACAUUCUCCUAACCAAAUCCCACGAUGCCCGUGUCUCCGAUUUCGGUCUUGCCCAGCUUGUUGGCCCGUCCUCCACUCCCACGCGGGUAGAUGGGUACCGGGCCCCCGAGGUAACUGAUCCUCGGAAGGUCUCCCAGAAAGCGGAUGUUUAUAGUUUCGGGGUUCUGCUCUUGGAAUUGCUCACCGGGAAAGCUCCCACCCACUCGUUAUCUAACGAGGAGGGCGUGGACUUGCCUCGGUGGGUUCAGUCUGUGGUCCGGGAGGAGUGGACGUCCGAGGUUUUUGAUCUGGAGCUGCUGAGGUACCAGAAUGUUGAAGAGGAUAUGGUUCAGCUGUUGCAGCUUGCUGUUAACUGUACUGCCCAGUACCCUGACAAGCGCCCUUCAAUGGCGGAAGUUACCGCCAGAAUUGAAGACCUCUGUCGCCCUGGAUUCCAGGACAACAACAUUGUUGACAACCCAGAAGAGUAAUAGGUUGCGAAAAGAUUCAAGUUCCACUUCUUUUUUUUUGUUUUGUUUUCUGGUUUGAAUUCUUCAUUUGUCAGUUUAAUCUUUUCCCAAUUCUUGGAUUUUAUAUUUCAUAUAUAAGAAUCUUCUUUCUCUUUUUCCGCGGCUAUUCGAUCAACAAAUUAAGGUUCUUGGAGAUCUGUAGUUUUUAGUUUUGGUGUGUUUAAUGUAAAAUAUAGUAUUGUCGAGCUGUUCUUGUUGGGCACAUGGCGGCCUUGUAAUUACAUAUUCUUUGUUUCAUAAUUGAUUUAAUCACAGCUGUGCCAUGUGAGUUUAUUCUGA